AUGGACGAUGCCAAGUGUCUCCACGCAUUGAUGACCUUUGACCCCAAGGAGGUCAAAAAGCCCACCGAUAACCAGACGGCCAACAUUUCUCAUAAUCCCGCAACCCCUGUCAACCAUGGAGCUGGCACCAAGAUGCCCAACACUGAGCAUACUCCUCGCAACAAGGGAGCUCAAAUGUCCAACUCUGCUGAGGUUCUUGAUCAUAGUGUCUGUCCCAUGGCUAAUACUCUGACCCUUGACUCUACUCAGGGUUUUUAG